AUUUCUGCAGCGGGGAUGCAGCUGUAGAUCUCUGAAUUUCAGGUUUUAAGGCUGGAUAACAGUAUGCUAACCAUUGCAUCCUAUUUCUGUUGCAAAGGUCAGGUUGGAUAAAAAUAAUUUUAAGAUGUAUGGACAUGCUAGUUGUUGUGUGGCUCCAUGUCGUUUUUGACUUAUAGUGACCCUAAGGUGACUCUGUCAUUGUUUUUUUGUGGGAUCUGAGAGUGUGUGAAUCUCCCAAGGUCCCCCAAUGGGUUUCCACUUCUGAUUGGAGGUGCGAAUCCUGAUCCAAUGUUCACGUUUCUAUGCCACUAUAGCUCUCACAUGGAAAAAAUGAAAAAAAGUAUGCAAGUUAUUAGUAUACAUUAUGUGUUGUAGCUCCCAGAGGAAUAGUAUACCAUUUGGAGACAAGACUCAUUCUCUCUGGCCCUUUGACAGUAUACUUUUAUAGCAUUAUGAUUCCAUUUUAACUGCCAUGGUAACAUCCUGUAGAAUCCUAGGAUAUGCAGUCUAGGGUGGAGUACUCUCAGCCAGUGUGGCUUUGUUGUUUGAUUUCCCACUUAGCCACAUAAACCCACUGGGUGACUGUGGGCAAGUCACGCUCUCUCAGCCUCAGAGGAUGGCAAUGGCAAACCCUCUCUGAAGAAACUUGCCAAGAAACCCCCUGAUAGGUUCACCUUAGGGUCGCCAUAAAUCAGAAACAACUUGAAGGCAUACAACAACAAGAAGCGCUCAGCCAGAAUGCUCUAAUGUCUUGUUAUCUAUCUUCAAGUCACUACUGAUUUAUGACAACCGUAAAAUAACAUAACAUAGGGUUUUCUUGGCAUGAUUUGUUCUGAGGGUGUUUGCCCUUGCCUUCCUCUUAGGGUGACAGGGCACUCUUUUCCAGCACCACAUCUCAUAUCUGUAUAUGGUGAUGUGAAAUACAGUUGCUUGAACAAUCCUAGCUGUGGUAUUCAGUUUUUUAAUUUUUGUACUUUAGGAUCUUGUCUGGCUCUUCCAAGGCUGCCCUUUCCAGUCCUAAUCUUCUGAUUUCUUGACUGCAGUCUCUGUUCUAAUAGCUACAGGGGAAAGGUUUUGGGGAGAGGUGUCCGGAAAUGUAUAUAUCUGCCUGUGUCUUAAGAUCCGCUGAGCAGAGUGUAAUUAACCAUUCAGUGCAGCUCAGAGGCUGGAAAAAUUAGGGCUUGGGAUCACAACUCCUAGAAUCCACUGGCUGUGCUAGUUGGAGGAUCCUGGGAGUUGUAAUUUCAGAAAGUAACUAUUCCAAGCUCUGAUCUAGAUGUAAAAGAGGGUCUUCUCCAUUGUGGUCUCUGGCUAUGGAAUAACCUCUCUCUGGAAGCCUGGCUAGUGGUGAUACUGACUUUAUUUUAGAGCUUCGUUAAUAGCCAGCUGUAUAUUCAGGCUUUGAAAUCUUAGUAACCUCAUGGCUUUAUCUUGACUAAUUCUUGCUUUGUCCUGGAGUGUGGGGUUUUGGUAUGAUUUUUCUUUCUGUCUGAUUACAUCCCACUGUGAGACAUGGUGAGAUAGAGCAUGCUGUUGCUUUUAUAAAAUAUUGGCAGGAGGGAAACCUGGAGCAGAAUUUAUGUACACUCAUUUCUGCUAUUAAAGUGUGAUUUCCUAGGUUCAGCAUAUGCUUUGAAUCAACCUGUUCUUGAAUUUGAAAUGUAUGGAGGCUCCCACUCCCACCAUUAUUUUUCACCUGCCUUCGGUUUUAUCUUACGUUUCUAGUAAAAAAAGUAGAACUGGGAAGCAUGAUGUCUUGCCUACCUAUGUUCUAGAUUAGUAUGAAAUGUGUGCCUGUGUUCCUGCACUCAUAGAUGGCUAAUAUUUCACCCAUGUGGAAGUUUUGAAAGUAGGCCUUCCAAAUGAGAAACAAAAUUUAUCUACAUUUAUUUAUUUAAUUUUAUUUAUUGGAUUUAUAUCCUGCCUUUCUCCUAAACGGGAUUCAAGGUGGCUACAUAAUGCCCAGUUCAGUGGGUUGGAUCCAGCAAAAGACUUGUGUGGAGUGUUCUUCCUUUCAGCAGUAGUUUUUUGGUCAAGUGUUUUAUAGGAGGUGUUUCUGAUUUUUCCAAGAGUGUUCAGCAUGAUAACUCCAGCAUUUGAACUGAGUCAAGAUCCUGAUUUUCUUACCAUAACCAUCCGAGUACCAUAUGCACGAGUUUCAGAGUUUGAUGUCUAUUUUGAAGGAACGGAGUUCAAAUUUUAUGCAAAGCCUUACUUUCUCAGAUUGGUUCUUCCUGGACGAAUUGUUGAAGAUGGAAGAGAAAAAGCAACAUAUGAUGACUCAGGGAUAUUUACAAUACGGCUUCCCAAGGAGACUCCUGGAGAGAAGUUUGAUGGGUUAGACAUGUUGACAGCUCUACUAGCACCAACCAAAUCCCGAUCAGCAAAACCUUUAAUAGAGGAGAUGGGUACUGAAAAUGAUGAGGACAUAGAAGAAGAGGAAGAAUUUGAUUGGGAAAUAGAGCAGACUCUUUGUGAGGAGAGCAAAGAGAGCUUCUUGUGUUCACUUUGUACCUAUGGCUUUGGAAAUCAGAAAUCGGGAGUUUUCAAACGUCUUCAGGAUGAACUUAAUGAAGUCAUUGAUAUAAAAAAUCCUGACUCAACAACUGCAGCUGAACGGAGAGAAAAACGGUUGGCAGCAGAGGCAGCCAAGUUUGAUCCUGAUCAUUAUCUAGCUGACUUUUUUGAAGAUGAAGCUAUUUGCCAUUUAUUGAAAUACAAGCCUUGGUGGGCUGAAGUCUACAGAGUCAAGAUGGAUUCGCAAGAAGGCAAUUCUUGGAAUGAGAGCAAUCAAAUUGCACUUGUUUCCUUUACAGAAGAUGAGAAAGAACAGCUGAGAAAGUUCCUCAAUAGAACUUUUCUGCUUGAUAAAAGAACCUGUCAUCAAGUAUAUCUGAGCUUAGUUGAUAUACUUCUGGCAUACUGCUAUGAAAUCUAUGCCACUGAAGGAGAGAAGAAUGUUGAAUCACCAUGGAAUAUAAGAAAACUGAGUUCAACUUUGUGCUGGCUGGAGACCUUUACUGACAUGUCUGAUGUCCUGAUAUCCUUUGGAAGAAGAGUUGUAUGCUAUCCUCUCUACAGACAUUUCAGUUUGGUAACCCGGGCCUUAAAUGACACCAUUAUGAUAUUACAACUAGGUAAAAGUGCAGUUUUGAAGUGUCUGUUGGAUAUUCACAAGAUUUUUCGAGAAAAUGAUCCUGCGUAUAUUCUUAAUGACCUUUAUAUAACAGAUUAUUGCAUUUGGAUUCAAAAAGCCAAAGCCUGGUGUACAGCAAAGCAAGCAAUGCAGAUAAAAUUAACAUGUACAGGAUUGAAUUGGAAAAGCUGGAGAAGCCAUAUAUCGCUACUUGCAGGAAUGCUUCCAGGAUCUAUGUGCAGUCAGCACAAACCUUGCAGCCUAUCAAGUCAAUGGUCAAAGAAGUUGGCAGCUCUUGCUGAACACAUGCAGAAAACAGAGCUGACCAAGGCCAAACUAGGUUUAGAACUCAAUGAACUGGAAGCAGCCGCUCUUCUUGUACAAGAGGAAGAAAAGGAGUUAAAAGCCACUGGCGCAGGCAUUUGUAAGCAGCCACUGCCUCCCUCCAAAGGAGAGGCGAGUGACUCUGAAGACUCAAGCAGUACUUCAUCAUAUGAGACAGGAGACUCUGAUUCAGAGGAACAAGAGUCCUCUGCCAGCAAAGAUGGGAAAAUAAAUCCUUUACAAAGCACACUCCAAGACGAGAGGACAGCCCCACUUAUUGACUGUAAUGGAUUAAGGCAAGAGGCAGACGCUUUGACGUUAGAUGUUAGGAAUGAAAAAUCAAAGCCUUCUUUACAAUCUACAUCUGUUCCUGGGAAACUGAUAGAGGAAUUAGGAAACCAAAUGCAGACUGCAAUUAGGCUUUCCAAGCAGCCUGAAGGUUCUUCUCUGGGAAAUGACGAUGGCAGCAGCAGCACUUUGCAAGAGACGGGGACAAGCUGCACAGCACAGCCUCCAGGACCUUCGCCGGAUCAUAAUGGAGAGAGACACUUCUUGGAGGUGACUCCAAAGCCCAGCACUAUACUAUUUGUUGCCACCACAAACCAGUCUUCUUAAGCAAAUGUGGAUAGUGUGGGCUGGAGUGGAUGGGUUUUAGCUGGUGGUUAUUAUGCUUCAUUUAAAUAACCAGAGAUGAAAUAGGAUAUUUUUAAAAGUUACUUUCCUUUGCUCUGUGUGUUCUUAAUCAAAAAUCAUAAUGAAAAAUGGUGAACAGGGAUGUAUUGAUUUUCGCUUAAUCCACCCAGAUACUAAUGCCUUAUACACAGACCAUCUUGGGUCCUUCAGAAGGAUAAAUGUAGGAUAUAAAUUAAACAAAUAAAUAAAUAGGCAACUUUUGUAAUUUUCAGUUAAUGUUGAAGUGAAUUGAAAGGGGGUAGUUGUGUUGUAAAAAUAUAAUCAAACUCUGAUGAAGGUUGCUGGCUUCUGUUCUGUAAAUUGUUUAUACAGAAAGUAGAUAUGUGAAUAUUGUCUAUUUAUAUUUCACAAUUUAAUUUGGCUCCCAGCUUCCACAAAGUGUUACAGCUUUCUUCAUUUGUUUUUAACCAUGUUGAGGUGUCCAGUAGCCUUGCAAAUGGCAGACAAUUGAAUUCCAUAAGCUUGUCUUUCAAUAUUUGCUGCAUAUGCAGCAUAUUCCAUCCCAGUGCAACCUGAUCCUGUAGUUCCUUCCAUGUGCAGUGAAUCUCAACUGCCAGUCAGGGGUGGAGAACCAGGUCUAUUCAACUAGUAUUUUAAUGCAAAGCUACCUAAUUUGCACUUCUUUAAGGAAUGCGCAAAUGAAAAAGGCAGUUAUACUUUAAUGUUCUCUAACUUUUACUAUGCAGUUCUGUCAUAGGUAUGCACCAAAGUGCAUAUAUUAGAAGACAUAACAUAAAAUACAUUGUAUUUUGAGAAAUUACUUGCAGAAAUGGAUAUAUUAAACAGAACUACACAUAGAACGUGAAAUGAGCAUAAAUGUAUACACACAUCUCCAUAUAGGGUUUUUUUUUAAAAAAACUGCAAACUGAUGCAGAAAUGAGACAGAUGAGAAGUUAAAUUUUGAAAAUGACAGGAGUAAAAAUAGACAGAUGUCUCAAUCCUCACUUCCAGGUUGGUGCACUGGACUGCAUUCAUCACAGAUGUCUGUGAAGUGUGAUUGUUUUUGUAUUUUUUUUUGUUUUAUUUUGUUUUUUAAUCAUGGAAAUGUAGUAGCCAAAAUACCUUUCACUUUAGUGAACAUUUGGCUUCAGAUUGUUACUACUACUGCAAUAUUGGCAUGUGGCUGAAAUGGAGAAAAGGUUAUUGCAGGAGAGGUCUGAAAAGCAGGAAUUGUCAUUUAGUUGUAAUUCUUCCUGUGGCUCACCUAAAAAGGCUCAAUAAUUCAGGCUCUUUCUGCUUCAGUCAUUAACCUAUCUUCCCCUCGUUUUUUGCUAGUUAAGCUUUCUUUGCUAGGAGCAAGCAAAAGUAAAUGUGUUGUAUCUGUGAUUGCAGAAUAUGCCACUCAGCAGCCAGCACCCUGAAUUCUACAGAAGCCUUUCUCUUUUUUAAUGUUUAAUAAUGUGUUUAUGCUAAGAUUAUCAGAGGUAUAAUAAAUUAUGCAAACUAUAUAACCAAUACACAUGUUCUUAAUGUGUUUGAUUUGUGUCACUUAAAAAUAGAGGUAUAUCAUGCAUUCAGCCAAAACCUGAGUGCUUAAAAAACAUGUGGCAAAGGUUUAAGAUUUCCAUUCUUCACAUUUGCUCAUCCAUUAAGUAGCUGGCAGCUUGAGGAGAGAAUGUGUUUCUUGUUUUCUGAACAGCUCUGUUUCUCUCUGAAAACUGACAAAUUGUGUUAAUGAAAUCAAAUUCUUUAUUAUAUCAAAAGCUUUGCCUUUCUACCUUUAUAGAGGAAAUUGCUACUUCAGUCUGACUUUGUUUUGGCAUAUUUAGAGCUUGACCUUCCUCCACCCCAAAAUACCCCUUCUUCCAGUGCUUGGAAAUUUUGCUAACCUGAUAAAAAUGCUUUUACCUUUAAGUAUAAGGAAUCUCUGAAAUACAAGAACUAGUGUAUGACAACAUCUUCCAGUUAAAUCACAGUGUGGCACUUUUUUUAGGUGUACCACAAAUUUGCCUCUGGCAUCCUGUGUUGAAUGUGUUUUCCCAAAACAGUAACAUUUAAUCCUAAACAAUCAUGUCACAUAUUGUUCCCUAUUCCUUGCAUAAAUAAAAGUAGGCAAAGAGGAACUGUGAUUUUGCCUACUUCACUUUCACAAAUGCCUUGCCAACUUUGGUAAAUUCUUAUUAAAAACUAACUGAAAGGAAAUUGCCACCCCUCUUUACCAAUGGCAACCAGUGGCAUGAACCAAGAGAAGACUGUGAUAAGCAUUCCUAAGCAUGUAAAAGUUGACAAGAAAAGAAGAAAGACCACCUUAAAACCCACCAAUUUAGUGGCUAUGCUGAGAUUGUAGUCAUGUCAGUGUCCCAGAUUUGCUCACUCCCAUCCUUGGAAAUCUGUGGCCUUGAUAUUUUUGUGCCCAACAUUGUAAUGUUUUUUUGUGGGCUUUUCGGGCUAUGUGGCCAUGUUCUAGAAGAUUUUCUUCCUGACAUUUCGCCAGCACAAAAAACUAUGGAUGCCAGCCAUGAAAGCCUUCAGUUUCACAUUCUAAUGUUGUUUUCUGUUCCUGCCUUCUGAUAAAUCAUGUUUCAUCUAACUGCUUUUAUAUUUGACAGAUUAACAAGCCAGAGGGUUUAGCUAUGUAUGAUGAAGCCCAAGGAAAUGUGCAACCAGUACAAAAGAGAUAGGUACCAUUGUCUAGUGCAUAUGUUAGGGAAAGUACUGUUAAAAUUCUUAGCUUUGAAUUUAUAUUCCCCCCCCCAAAAAAAAGUUUGUUAAUCUAGGCAUCACCUCUUUCAGUAUCUUAGUUCAGUGGUCUCAAAUGGUGGGGCAGCAUGACUCUUGCGCGCGUGUGUGUGAGAGUUGCUCAAGAGAGAGGUGAGAGUUGGAGGCACUGAUCCCUUGUCCUCCUCUUCUCAAAUUUUUUUUUUACAUGUAAAAUUAACACGUAUAUUCAGUUAAAUAUUGAGUUAACUAAAUCUGUUCUAAUUUGAACAAUGUUAUUUACUCAUAAAAUGUUAAAAUAUGAAUAUACAUGAAUGUGUGAAUGAAAAUAUGCACACUACACUAAGUAUUUUUAUUCAUAUACUAUGUUAUGUGGGGGGGGCAUGACAUUCACAUGUAGAUGCAAAAGGGGUCAUUAAUGUAAAAAGUUUGUGAAUCCUACCUUAGUUGUUACCUUUCCCCCCUCCCCCACAUCAGACUCCAAACCAUGCUUUUACUUUGUAACGUAACAUUCCUUUCUAUGUAAUAAUUAUAAGUCAUAGCAGUGCAAGAAGUAGUUUCUAUUUCCUCAAAAGACCUGUUCACAUUUUCCAAGCCAGGCAUAUUAUGUAUAUUUCUCACUAGCCUUUGCUGCAUCCUUAAGCCUGAGGCUCCCUGUUAAUUUUUAAAUAAUGUUGAAAAUGUAUUAUUACAUUCAUAUCCCACCUGUCCUGCGAAGAGCUCGAGGUGGUAUGCAUAAUUCUUUCCUUUCCCAUAGUGCAGUAUUUAAUGUGGAGAAAUACUGUUGCUGCUAUAACCUAUUUGUUUUUGUGAAGCAGGCCUUUCUUCUACAUGCCAAAGUCUGGCUUCUGUGUGUCUCAUUGCAUGCUUGAGAAAAUCCCUUAACAAUGCUGCCUGGUUUGGACUGCAAAGGGAUACAGAAAGGCUUUCUCAUUACCUGGAACUCUUAUCUCACAGAAGAUUUGUUGGUGUCUUUUUGUUUUCAGAAAACAUUGUAAGACCUCUUCUUCAUAAUCUGGGAACAGGUUAAAGGCAGGUGAUUGUUGGGUUUUUGAUUGCCUUGUUAAUAAAUUAAAAUGGACAACUGAUACUUUUCUUCUA